UCAACUGUUGUCAUUUCUCAUUGUCUCAAUAUAUGCUUUUAUGUUGUCACCUCACAUAAGGGACUGUUUGAUUGAAUUUCUCUGCAUCCAGACUAUACAUUUCAUCUGCUCCUGGGCUUUUUAACAGUGAACUGCUCAGGUUGUUACUCAUCCACAUUAACCUCUAACGUGCAUUCCUUGAUGUAAAAUGAACCACAAAGUGAACCCAGCCAUACAUCCACGCUCCAUGCGAGGCGCCUCCCACAGAAUGAGAGCUGAUAAUUGGGAGUGCUCAUUUGCAUGCUGAACGGCGUGGAUAUUUAUUUAAAUUUAAUUUCGUUCCCGCACACGGCGCACUGUAGGCUUUUGUGCCAAAGUCAUAUUAACCCCUUGACUAGUUAAUAUGCAGUGCACGAGGUUGCCCACGCACGAUGAAUAUUCAUACUGAUGGCGUUUUCACCGCCGUCUCUCCUCCUCCUCCUCUUCCUCUCCCCUCCUCUUCCUCCUAUUUUCCUUCCUUCCUGCUUUUAGAAAUGGAUGAACGUGGCGCGGCGCGUGCAUACCGGAAGACGUGUCCGUGCGCACCGCUGUCCCGUUACGCACAGACAGUAGCGAUAAGCGCGUGGCUCCUUCUGGUCGUUUUCGCUGAUUCAAUGGCAGCUAAAAACACCGAGCUGCCGAGCAGAGACCGGGCUCUGAAGGGGAGACAGGAGAAAAUGGUCGUGGCAGAAAAGCAUGCAGUCAAUGGGAAUCCCACUGUGGAACCAUUUCCAGAGGGAAUGGAGACCAUCAUGUUUGGUAUGGGUUGUUUCUGGGGAGCUGAGAAAUUAUUCUGGCGCCUUCCGGGGGUCUUCUCCACCCAGGUGGGCUACGCCGGCGGCUUCACCCCCAACCCCGACUACCAUGAAGUCCGCUCAGGUCUGACAGGUCAUGCUGAGGUGGUCAGAGUGGUCUUCUCCCCCAAAGACAUCAGCCUCGAGGAACUGCUUAAACAUUUUUGGGAGAAGCACGACCCUACACAAGGUAUGAGGCAACAAGGUGACGUUGGUACUCAGUAUCGUUCAGCCAUUUACCCCUCCAGCCCCUCUCAACAGGAGGUUGCAUUGAAGAGCAAACUGGCCUACCAACAGGAGCUGAAUAAAAAAGCCUACGGGCAGAUCACUACAGAGAUUGUGGAGGGGCAGCAGUUUUACUACGCUGAAGACUACCACCAGCAGUAUCUGAAGAAGGUACCCAAAGGCUACUGUGGCCUCAAAGGCACUGGUGUCUCCUGCCCAAUAGGAACCACAAAGGAUGAACUGUAAGAGGUGUAGCGUAAAAUGACAAGUAGGAUGUCCUAGUGAGAUAUUUGAAAGCAUUAUUCUAAUAUUAUCUGACCUCUAUUUUAAACUAUUGUUCAUGGAUCAGAACAAUCGAGUAUCAUGACCCAC